AUGGGAUCGGCGUCAAAGACGAGGUCACUCAUCCGCAUCGUGACAAAUACAUUAGAGUACUGUGGGAUAACAUUCAGCCCGGCUUCCUUUUUGUAUCUUACUUCUUAUUUGAUUGUUAUAUUGUUUGUUUCCUUGUUUUGUGGUGUACAAAGUGUUAUAAUCUAUUAUUUGAAUUCACCAGCAUACCGACAUUUGUAUCAUAAGCAAGCAGAGAUACAAUCCAAGACUCUAGUUGAAUACGAUCCUUUGAGUGUGAUGCAGUUUCACGAUCGAGCUUUCAGCAAGAAUGGACGUGCCACUAUAGCACCUUUGGAAUCUGGUUUACUGAUUUCCCCAUCGGAAACAUUGUCACAACUUGAUAAAAUGCGUUUAAAUAUGUAUUUUGGCCACGAAUGUAAUAAAAGAAAAGUGUCUAACAUAUUACAAACAUGUAAAAAAUCAUUGAAGUACGUAGAAAAAGAUGACGAACCCGAUGGAGAAGAUGAAAAAGUUACAAGUAAUGGUGAUGAAAAUGAAGGUGAUCGAAAUCCAAAGGUUGAAACAGCAAACGAUGAAGACGUGAAGAUAGUAUCAGUAGAAACAAUCACAAAUCAUCCGGGACAUCGAGUAAAAUUUGUUGAAGGUGAAAUCAUAGUUAUAAGUGACGAAGUUAACGAGAAAGAUGAUGAUAGACAAUAUGAAAAUAAAGUAGAAGAACACACUGCACAAUAUGACGGUGAGCUAGAAGAAAAACGAUCAGAUGAAGUAGGCGAAGAAAAAACCGAACAGCAUGAAACACGAGAAGAAGAUGUUAGCCAAACCAAAGAUAACAGUGAACAAAGAAAACUCGCAUAUAGUGAAAGUGAUGCAGAAGAAAAUAAAGAAAGCACCUAUAUUGAAAAGUCUACAGAAGAAGUCAUAAAUAAGGACACUGGAAGGACUGGUGAAAAAAAAUUGAAUUCUGCAAAGAAACAGCUUCAUGAAAGUGUGUUUGGAAAUAAUGUCACAGACAAUACAAGGAAGAACGUUAAAGAGGCAAAUGAAACAAAAAAUGGUAAUGAAGAUAGAAAUACAGUUGGAGCUUAUAAUAAGUCAUCAGAAAGUGAUAUUGAAUCAAAUAUCACGAAAAAUUUAGUUUAAUGCAGUUUUACAUUGGUAUAUAAUGAAAAUCGGUUCAAUAAAAUAAGCAAUUCCAUACAUAUGCUCUCUAUAAACAAAAGAAAUGAAAAUAAAUU